AACUGUUUAUUGAGGUUGCGUUGGAAAGCUUCUGAUAUGGUGCCCAGAGAGGGCGGAUAAGACAAAUAACACCAUGCGGAGGAUUUGCACGAUGCUGUCACUAUACAUGUUCGGCACUAAUUUGACACAGCCGGCAAUAUCUGGACCAAAUUAAUAAUAAUAAUAAAAAAUGAACAAGAACAACAAUAACAGUGAUUGCUAUUAUUAUUAUAUGCAUGUUGUCAAAGAGCAACAAAUGCAGAACAUAAUAUGCUUGUUCAGCCAUGUGCAAUGUUCUACAUAUAUUUGGGGUAGAAUAACUUGGAUUUACAAUAUAGUAUUUAUAGAUAACAUUUUAUCUUUGUGAUGAAAUUAAGAGGAAGGUAUCUAUAACUAAUAAAUUAUAACUAAUUUGCUUGCCUAAAUUUCUAAAAUUAGGAAAACUAUAAAGCCAUACUAAAAUUAAUGAAAAAUUGACAAACAACAUUAAAAACUGAAGAAAAAUAUCAGUAAGAUAGCAUAUGGCACUCUAUAUUGCUGAAGAAACAUCCAGAACUCCAGAUGAUAGUACAACAGAGAUUUCUGCUUUUACUUCAGCAGAUCCUGAUGCAACUACAGCUGACACCACUGAUUCAUCAGAUAUUUCAACAACUGUUGAUGUCACAGGAACAGAAGAACCGUCAAAUACAGCAGAAACAACUAUAACUCCAGAUGAUAGUACAACAGAGAUUUCUGCUGUAACUUCAACAGAUCCUGAAGCAACUACAGCUCACACCACUCUUGUGACAGAAGACAGUGCAUCUACACCAAAUCCUGCCUCAAGUACAGCUGAUUUCACAACUACAAAAGAUGUUAUAACACCAACAACAAGCUCUACUCAGUCAACGACCAAAACCACAACUGCCAAACCUAUUGAGUGUGAAAAUGGUGGAACUCCACAACCAAACAACCAGGCUUGUUUCUGUCCGAAAGGUUUUACGGGGAGACUCUGCAGUACUGUUGAAACUCAAAUUGUACCAGAUAUCAUUGAAAGGACAGUCAAUGUUACAAUGGAAAUAAAUGAAAAAUUUACAGAUGACUACGAAAUCCCAUCAUCAGAUGCAUAUAUAGAAUUUGUUGAAAAAUUCAAAACAACAGUGGUGCCCUUUUAUAAAGAAAAAAUAGAAAAUUUUUUGCGUGUGGACAACAUAAUUCUAAGUGCUGGUGGACCAUUACAACAACAUAGUCAAAGAAGAAGAAGAAGCUUGCCUUUGAAGGAAACUAAAAGUGAUGCGGCUAGUCUGAAAGUUGAGCAUGAUGUCCUUGUUAACAUCGAUAAUAACAACGAAAACGAGGAGAAUUAUGAAAAUAUUGUUGAGGAAGUGAACAAAGUUCUUUUUGAUAUUAAAAACACUUCAGUCUUUGUUGUUAAUAAUGCCAUUGCAUCAAAGACUGAUUUCAUUGUCAAAGAGGUGUGUGCCAAGGCUACAGACAUUUUUCCUGAAGAUUUCCAAAAGUAUUUUGAAGCAGUUACGCUGGGUGGCAAAGUGACAUGUGUGACUCCAUGCAAUGCAGCUCAUAGUGAUCCGAAAAUUUGUAAGAACAGCGGCACCUGUGAAGUUUCUGGUCAGGGCCCAUCCUGCUAUUGCCGCUAUAAUGAUGACUUCUGGUACUUGGGAGCGGAUUGCAAUUUACAGGUGCACAAAGUUGGAUUUUAUGCUGGAUUGGGAACAGUGGCAGCCAUAGCAGUAAUAACUGUAGCAUUCCUGACAGCUUAUCUCAUUAUAAACAAACGGACGGUGAAGAGGAACAAGGACAUUAAGCAAGAGCUAGUGAAAGAAUGGUUAGAGGAUGACUUUGAAUGGCCACCACAAAAGAAAACAUCAAACACAGUUGACAGAUAUGAUAACCCAGUAUACUCACCAGGAGGCAGACAUACACAGGACAGUUUCGGAAACUAUAAACCAGAUUUCUCUUACACCCAGAAUUUCUCACCUGAACCUGGUAUUCAUCUCCGGUAUCUUCAGAGGGAUCAGUCUAUGAAAAUGGACAGACCUCAGAUCCGUUCAUCUUUUGAUAUUUAAUAUUCUAUGUGUGUGGAAACACAAGCAUUACAGCUUUGUAUGACAUACUGAAUGUAUAUAUUGCUUGGUUUAAAAAUAUGCAGUCUUGAUCCAUCAAAACUCAAUCAGUUGCUAGAGCAUUCUGUUUAUACCAUUCAAUUUAGCAGUUGUACAAUAAUGCAUAUUUUCUGUACCUCAGAUGUGUGACAAACAUCAUUUGACCAUAUUGUGUUUUAUCACAUGAUGAAGAGAAGCAGUAGAACUUCAGCUAUGCCCUGCUUAUCUUCAGAUAAGUUAUUAAAAUAAUCAAUGUAGUAAAAUUAGAUAACUAGUAGUUAUCUUUUUUUAUAGGUUUUACUUUAUUGCUCCUUUAGGUAUUAUUUCUUAUCAUUUUUAUUCAUAAUGACAUUGCAUUAAUAUAAACUGCUUUGUAAAUUACAUAUUAACCACAAAUUAUUUAUUAUCAUUAUAC